ACUUCUCUGCUUCCAGCUGAAUUAGAACACGUGUCAAUUUCAACGUAACGUAAGAGGAAUCAUACUAAAACAUAUGAUUAUUUCAGAUAUAUCUUCUAUGAAAGAGGGAAAAAAUAUUGACAAAAUAUCAGUGCAGUUGCCUCAAGAAAUUCCUAACCCCCAUGUGUCACUUCCUGUUAAGAUAGUGUAGCUACCUAUAACUGACAGUGCAUUGGCGGACGUCCGUGGUGGUUUUUUGGUGAAAAGCAUACAUGGAGAAGAAUUCUGCCUCUACGCCUUUGGAUCACGCCUCCUAUCCCCCAGGGCUGGCCGUCCGAGCCGCCGAGCCGAUGACGCCGCCUAGCGACGACGUCUACGACACGACAACGGAGCCGCCGGGGGAAGUCCUCAUCCUGAGCUACGACAAGUUCUGCGAAGACGACCGCAGGAGCGACGGCUCCCUCAGCGACGUGAAGAAUCUGACUCAUCUCUUUACUCAGAUGGGCUAUGGAUUGCAAACAAAAUGGAACCUCUCUAAAGUAGACACUAUUCGCACUAUUAAGGCCUUCAGUGCGGAUAAGCGAUUGAAGAAAGCGGGCUGUGUGAUUGUCGUCGUUCUGAGCCACGGGAGGGACAGGCAAACCUUCUACACGUCCGACGGGGGUCCUCUGAGAGUCGACAGUGUGAGGGACUUCUUCCUGGAGGAGGCGUGCCCGCACAUGAAAGGGAAACCUAAGAUUUUCCUAUUCCAGAUGUGCCGAGGAGAAGACGAACCGACGGAAGUCGAGACAGACAGCAUCGACGCCGUGAGAGAACCGCCCAGGAACAUGAUGGUUAUUUAUAGCACUACUGAAGGCUUCAUCAGUGUUCGCCACAUGGACUCUGGGUCACCCUUCGUCAACGCUUUCUGCGAGGUUUUGUCCGAAGAGGCGUGGCACCUCAGCCUGGACGAGCUCCUGAGGAAGAUUCAGAAGCGUUACAACAAGGAAGGAUUCGGAGCCGUGAUCGAUAAGCAAGACUUUCACUUCAUGAAGCGAUUUUAUUUCAAUCCCAGAGGCCGAUCUGCCAGCUGAAAUUGAUUCUUUGUUAUGCUUUAUUAUGUAAUGGAUCCUCGAUAAUUGGCUAUAAUUUAAGUAAUUGAACGGGAACAAGUCAUGCCAUAAUACAAAAUAUAUGGAAAGAUAAACUGAAUUUGAUUGUAUACUUAUGCUUAUGAAGAAUCAGUAUCAACACUUACAACUGUUGUAACAAUACAACAUAUACAACAUAUCAAAUGUUAUACCUUUUGUACUGAAUGGAAUUAAUAUUGCUCUAAUUGUAUAUCACUUCAAGCAAUUGCUUUGAUAUUAAAGUUGA